AUGGAAUUUUACAACAAAGUUUCAUGUGAAUGGUAUGAAGUUGUUUUUGAUCUUAAUAUUGCUCCCUUGCAGUUCAAAAAUUAUGUUAUAGAACAACGUGUCUCGCGAUGGAAAAUACAGAAGAUCAUUGAUUUGCUGAAGAAUGGCUUUGAAAAUAUUUCCAGUGAUGAGAACAAGGAUGGAAACGCUAGGAAUGUGCAAAAGUUUGCAUCGGAGAUGACAUCAUUUAAAUCUGGCCAGGUGACAAGGCCAAAGCUCUGGGAGCCCAAGAUAUAAUCGAGAAGUUGUUAGCAAACGUUCAAUGCUCUUCAACAAGGCAAAUGAGGUUAAGCCUUGGAAAGCCAAUGAAUUCAGAUUUUACGACGAACAAAUUGGAUGAACUAAAAUCGAUGAAGGUGAAAUUAGAAAAACGUCACACAACAAUCAUUACUAAUUGUAAUUUAUUAAGCGGGAAAAUUUCCUCCAAAAAUGUUGUAGAGAGAGAAUGCAAGAGAAAACGUAAGCGUGCUGAAGAGAAUCACGAAAAUCAGAAAUUCACGAAACUACGAGAGUUUGAAAGAGCGUGUGAUAUCACAAAGAUUAUUACAAGUUGCAGAAUCAAGUACGAAUCUCUGGAGAAUGGUGCUGAAAAAUAUCUCAAGUAG